AUUGCAGCAGAUGAGAGCAGAGCUCAGACUGGUCAGGAAAAAACUCUCAGCUCCACACUGCACGCUGAUCACUGCAGCAGCAGCAGAGGAAGUACAGGAUAGACUCUUAACCGGCAGUUUUACAUCAUAUCGAUUAGCUGGAUUUGUAUCAACUGGCAUGGUGGUGUGAGUGUUUGAUUCAUUUGUGUGUUUGGUUUUCCUAAUUUUAGAAUUUCUGACUAUAUUGGAAACCCAUUGAUAAAAAAGUUUCUCCUGUCCUUAAAGAUGAUUGAGCUGGGCCUGGCUGACGGCAACCUGAUCGACGAGCUGAUGGAGCUGACGGCACAGAGCCUGAGUCAGAGGGAGAUCCAGGAACACUUCAACAUCAUCAAGGAGAUCGGCCGAGGGAAAUAUGGCAAAGUGUUGCUGGUCACACAUCGCUUCAGGGGGACCCCCAUGGCCUUGAAAGUGAUGCCUAAAGCCUCGACUAAGCUGCAGGGCUUUCUGCGAGAGUACUGCAUCUCCUUACACCUGUCCUGCCACCCCUGCAUCGUCGGCCUCUUUGGCAUUGCCUUCCAUUCUAAUGAGGACUACUGCUUUGCCCAAGAACUUGUCAUUGGGAGGGACUUAUUUGCUGUCAUCCAGCCAAAGGUGGGUAUUCCAGAAUCUUCAGUAAAACGUUGUGUCGUCCAGAUCGCCAGUGCCUUGGAGUUCAUCCACAGCCAUGGCCUGGUCCACCGUGAUGUCAAGCCAGAAAACAUCCUCCUGUUGGACAAUCACUGCUGCCAGGUCAAACUGGCAGACUUUGGCCUGGCACAGAAGAGAGGAACUCUGAUACGAUUUAUCACAGGGACACUACCCUACAUGGCCCCAGAGCUUUGUACCAUUGCCUUAAUGGAGGGCCAGAAAGAAGUGACCACCCCUCCGCUUAGUGUGGAGCCAAGCCUGGACACCUGGGCCUUUGGGGUGGUUAUUUUCUGCAUCCUCACAGGCUACUUCCCCUGGGAGCGCUGCAUGGACUCGGAUGACUUCUACCAGGAGUUUGCAGACUGGUGCACAAUGGAGGAGACAUCAACCACUGAGGACGUUCCUCCUUUAUGGCAAAGAUUCACCCCAGAAGCAAUGAAGAUGUUUGCUAAACUCCUGGCUCCUGAUUUAGCAAAGAGGUGUACAGUGGGGGAAGUCACAGCUUACGUUGAGAAGGACUGGCUUAAAAAAGUGAAUGGGAUUGGUCAGCUGCAGACAGUAGAAAACGGAAAAGUCAGGGAAUAGUCCUGGGCAUGGUGAGGUGAAGGUACAGACUAAUAUUUGUAUAAUAUAAAGCUUCUAUAAGCAUAGGCAGCAUGUCAAAUAUGCAAAGAAAGGUGCCUGGUGUAAGGCCUGUGAUUAAACGUAUGGAGUUUAAAUCAUGUAUACAGGUACCACAUACUUCUAGAGCUUGUGUUCUUGAGUCAAUUAAAUAGACAGGAGAACUCAGACAACAUCAUAAAGUCUAGAGAUGCUGCUGUUAUUCUGUGGAAGAAAUAUUCAAAUGCUAAGGUAAAAGUCCUACGUGUAAUUACCUAACAUAUUUUAACCAGGAGACUUACCUACUUCAUAUGUUAAAAGUCAAAAUACUUAUUAUACAUUAUAUCCUUGGUUUGUAUUCUUUAAUUAUUUAUAUUUAAAUGCAGGUUAGCAUGUAGUUGGUCAAGACAAGGCUGAUUGACACAACUUUAUACCACUUAUAACACUUCUAGAGCAUUACAUAAGUUUGAUCCUGCAUUUUUAUAUUGGUGGCGCUUUUUUGUAAACACACCAGGUCGAUCUAGCAAUGCUCCUUGGGUAUUUUAAUAUGUGCAUGACCUUCUAUAAAUCAUUAGUCUUGAAUGGGAAAUCUGCAGAGUACAAUACAACAGAAUAGUCAGAUAAAUAUUUAAUAAUAUCUGGCAGUACUAAUUCCCUUAUUUUGCAGCAUAAUGCGAAGAAGCCUGAGGAACAAGGGUUAGGGUUCCCAGCCUCACAACAAAAUAUCUGUAAUUACGUGGAGUAGUAAAUCCUACAAUGACCUUAACAUUUUAAAAAGCCUUUUGAUGAAAAAGAAAUGCAUGAUGGGGGUUUUAAUGAAAUAAAAUAAAAUCAAGCCGGCAGUCACUAGGUUUUUUCCAGCCAAGCAAGAAUCGGCACAAGGGAAAUAUCCGGAACUAAGAAUGAGGCAGAGCUACCAUUUUUACCUAGUGACACUCCAGAGGUUGUAGUGUUAAAUACUACUCAGCCUGUAUGAACACUAGUAUAAUGUCUUCUGUCCUCUAAAACGAGCCUUCGAAAGUUUUAAAUUGUACCCCUGAUGACGUGGUGUAAUCUUGGCUUAAAACUAAAACGUUUUUUAGAGAAAGUCUGCAUUACAAACUAUGCACAGGUACAAGAAGGGAUUAUGGGAACCUUAGAUCCAGUGUUCUUGAAACUUAGUACAUCUUUAAUGACCCUAACAGAGUGCUUUUUUUCCCAACUUGAUUUCAGGUUAACAUGACUAAAAAUGAAAUGCAUCUUUGGGCUGCACCAUUUGAAUUUCAUUUGUGUAGUUCUCCAGUAUAAAAUUCUUCUCAAGUCUGUCUGUGCAACAUGAUUUCAGCGUCAACUCCGGCCUUGUUCUGAAUAUUUUGUAUUUCGUAAAUAAAUCUUGGAUUUGGUGGGUAAUAUAAUACAUAUUGCCAUUUUUAAAUGUAAAAACAUUGGACAAUGUCCACAAACUGGACCACACGGCCAUGAGAGAAGAGGGAGGCGCGCACAACCAGGCCAAUUGGGAGAAAAACAAUAAUUUCAAGGAAGAGUUCUUAGUAACUCAAAAUUGUUGUUGUGCAUGAGUAGAAAUUCUGCCAGUGUAAUAAUUAGUCUGGUACAACAACACAAAGGCCCAAAGAUAUGCAGCAACUGAGCUGUAAGAGAGUUUACAAACAUGCACCAGGCACAGGUGUGUUAAGGAACCCAGGUUUCAUUAACGUGUUGCUAAUGAGCCAGGUGUUGCCCCUUUACUAACGAACAGAAACAGAGAGGCUUUCUUAAUACCUUUAAUUUACUUGUGUAAGAAAUGUUCGUUUAUUUGAAGCCCAGGAGUCGGUUUAAAAGAAAGAAAGCAAACCUCCCUUAAAAGUUAUAAAAGGAGUGUUUAAUAAUGGAUGCAGUAGGCCUAGUAGGUUUUACAAAAGUUUCACAGCUGUGGCUCAAUAGCCCGGGACACGCGUCCACAGGCCACUGAGUGGAGCUCAUCAGUAGUUACUGUCUGGCGGUCCGUAACAACAGAGAGCCCGAUUCUACAAUACAAACAUGUUUUAUAGAACCACCCCUUUCCGACCAUACAAUAAACAACUUCAAAAUAAGACGCUAUCCGCUCUCGUGCUCUCAUUGGUUGGUAGCGGGGGGCUGGAUCCUGUUGGCCGCUUGUCACAUGGGGUUCUCCGGACUCUUCUAUAGGCUGACGUCUAUAUGUUUUCGAAGUCCGGAGCACUUCCUUGGGGCUUGCUCAUACCCCUCUAUUUCAGCCCUGUUACAAAAGUGCUGAUUCUAUGACUGUAGAUUUAAAUUUGAGCUGACCUGAAGCUGACCACGCCCCUUUGGAGCGUGGUCAGCUCUCUGUGGAGAGAGUUUUCUAACGGGAGAUAUUUAGCUAAACGCUGCCGUGAUUAAACGCCAUAUUAGGUUCCAAACCACACCAAGCAUUAUUUCUAAGUGUUACCAUUCGAACAGUGACAUUAUAUGUAUUAUAUUAACAACUUUACUCUAAGUCCCUCCUGCAGACAUCCUGCUGAACACACAAAGCUGCUGGGGUGGUUUCAGCUCGCGACGGUAUAUUGGGGACGAUAGGUUGGGACGUGUCACGUGGGAGGGACGUUGCCAGGAGUUCAAUGUAAAGCCAGCCCACAUUUCGGUCAUUGCGCCAUGACUGACACGAAUCUGGACCCGUUUUUAGAGAUGUGGGUAAGGAGGAGAACAGAGAGGGUUGUAUUUUCUGACACUGUGUGAGUCGAGUAACACACCGGGGACACAUUUGUACAUGUUUUUAGACAUCAAAAACUACAUUUUGCAUAAUAGGGGACCUUUAAAGCAACAUAUAUCAAUUAUGACGUGUUGCACUACUGCAUCAGCUGUCAACUGCUUGUAUUUUAUAUUUUGUCAGGUAAGAAUAACAGUGUUCACGACACAUUUACUUUAAAUUCGAUUUACAAUGAUAUAGUAAGGUAACACAAAUGUAGGCUACAGACUAUUUUUAACACCCACACACAUAAUCUUUAUAAAGCUAAUUUUGGGAAUACCUGCAAAUGUUUGUAAUAAAGAAUUCUAUCCAUCCA